UGGAGUUUGAAUAUUGGAACCUCGACAUCACCCGAUGUGAUAAUUAGGUUUCGGGAUGUUGAAUGCGUCGAAUGUCGUGAUUUUAGAGUAGAAUCGUCCCACAAGGCUUUAGCCGACCUCCAUAGACACACUCAGUAA